UCAAAACAACAUUUGACGUGACGUUUUAUUGUUAUCAGCAGAUUUUGAGAAUUUAUAAAAAAUCGUGAUUAAUUUAACAUAGAUGGCUGUUAAUUUAUUAAAAUGUCGUUCCCGAAGAUAGAGGGAUAUGUUGUCACUGAAAAAUUGGGGUCUGGAAGUUACUCCACCGUUUACAAAGCAUAUACAAAGGUGGGCGCGCGCUCGAUCGUGGCCAUAAAAUGCGUGGACAAGUCGAGCAUCAAGAACUCGGGCUCCGCGGUCGACAACCUCGUCACCGAGAUCCGCCUGCUGAAGACGCUGGAGCACCCGCAUAUAGUUCACAUGAAGCACUUCACUUGGGACGACAGAAACAUCUACAUAAUAAUGGAGUACUGCUGCGGCGGUGAUCUCUCCAAGUACAUACACAGAUAUGGGAGGGUUCCGGAGAAACAGGUUUUAUACUUCCUUCAACAACUAGCGUCGGCACUAAAAUUUCUUAGAGAGAAAGGUGUCGUUCACAUGGAUCUCAAGCCACACAACUUGCUGUUACACAAAGGGUCUGACGGAAAAUAUAUACUCAAAGUGGCGGAUUUUGGUUUCGCCCAGUACAUGUGCAGUUCGUGGCGGCGCUGCGUGCGCGGCUCGCCAUUAUACAUGGCGCCCGAGGUCGUGAAGGGAGACUACGACGCGCGCGUCGACCUUUGGAGCGUCGGCGUGAUAAUGUACGAGUGCCUGUUCGGGCGCGCGCCGUACUCGUCGCAGACCUUCCAGCAGCUACUGGACAAGAUCCAGAGCCAAGCGCCCAUCCAGAUCCCCAAAAACUCCUCAAUCUCUCCCGGCUGCCUGGACCUCCUCACAAGACUGCUCCAGCACGACCCCGACAUGCGGAUAUCGUACGAUGACUUCUUCAACCACGAGUACCUGGACCUGGAGCACAUGCCCAAUAAGGAGAACUAUGAGAAGGCGGUGGCUCUAAUAAAGCGCGCCAUCGAGCUGGACUCGGCAGGGUCUUUGCCCCCGGCACUGGAGGCCUAUAGCGCGAGUCUGCGGUACUUAGUGCCCGCAGCGUUAGCCGAGACAGAUCCUGUGAGACGCAGUGCACUCACCGCCAAGCUCACCAGGUAUAUGGAAAGAGCCGAAGAGAUCAAAGAGUUCCUCAAGUGUCCCACGCCGCGCGAUCCGCCGCGCCCCGACCCGGCGCGCUCCGACCCGCCGCGGCGGCGUCCCGAUAUAGUGGCGUGUUGUACUGCUAGCACUGCUACUACUAAUAGCUAUGACUUUGGGCAGGCGCUCGCGAAUGCUCGGAAAUGCGCGUGCGAGCAGCCGUGCGCGUGCGAGCGGACUGAGGUGAACGGAGAAGUGGAGUUAGCGGUUCCCGAGCCUUCGCUCGCGAGCGCGGCGGAUGCAAAGACUGCGAACGUUCGCUCGCGAACACCCACGCGCUUCGGCUUCAAGCGUCUGUUCGGGCGGCAGCAGCCCGUGCCUUAUUUGAACAACAACGACUCUAGCAUUACUGACACCACUGAGAGAGCUCAGAAAGUGCCUGCAGGCGAAGCCUCCGAUGGAUGCCGUAUCACGUGAGUUCGAGAGAAUCUUGGUCUGGAAUCUAGAUCGACUGACAGCUAGGUUUAUACGGGACAACUUUAUACCGUCAGGAUAGUGUGGAGAAAGUUUAUCGCCCGUAUUCACAAACAUUACUAUGAGGUCUCACAGUGCGCGUGGAUGCACAGGGACUAA